AUGAGUUUAUAUGUUUAUGGUGAUAAAAAUGUUGAAGUUCCUACUCAACUUCAUUUUGGAAAAUACCUAAUGAAACAGUUGCUUAUGGGAGGAGACACGAUUGCUGUGGAACAUGCGGAUACUGAAGAAAAAUUAACAUACAAAGAGCUGUUGCAACAUGCAGUCAAUUUGGCCAGUGAACUGAUGAAGCUGGGAAUUGGAAGAGGAGAUAUUGUAGCUGUGGGUUCGGAAAAACGGAACACACUAAUAAUCACUAUAUUUGCUGUAACUUUUACGGGAGCUACCUAUACUGCGUAUGAUUUGCAUAGUGGAAAAUUUUCUCUUAAGCACAAAAUAUCAGUGGCUCACCUAACUAUUUCAUAUUUUUUCUAA